UCCACUAUCCCUUAACCCCGUGACGUUUCACACAGAGGUUAAGGAAUAAACGAUAUGGGCUGAUUUUUGGACUAUUCGGCUGCAGUCAACUUCCUUAUUGCUCAGAUGUUAUAAAAUUCAGCUUGUUUUCCUUAACCUGAUUCGUCCGAUUCCUGCGACAGUCAACCGCGAGCCACUUUUCAGUACACUAAAAGUGACGGUUACUUUGAUCAGUUUAUAAGAAGAGACGGAGAGAAUCAGAUUUAGGUCAUUUCGUCAUGAAGAUGAAGGCGUUAGUGGGGUUUCUGACCCUCGUACACGUUUCCCAGCAAUCUCCAACUGUUAGCGUGAAUGAGGGGGUGAAGUCUGUCCAGCUGCCCUGCCAAGACUCCAGGGAAACUGAGGACACAACAGUGGUGUGGCAUCGACACGGUUCCAAUCCCUCUAUUGUCCACAAGCAUCGACAUAGGUUUCAGACUCCGUUUCAAAACCAGCAUUACAGCGGCCGAACAUCAAUGUCAGAUGAUGCUCUGGAAACUGGAGACCUCAGCCUCACUCUGGAAGAACCCCACCACUCUGACAGUGGCGUCUACCUCUGCAUAAGGAUCAGAAAGGGAGAGGAAUUAUUCCCCCGAUACAAAGUGGAACUGCAGGUCAAAGUUCCCCAACAUAACUCAACCAUUAGAGUGUAUGAGGGGGCGGAGUCAGUCCAGCUGCCCUGCCAGUCAUCCUGGUUUCCUAGCGACGACACAACAGUGCUGUGGAGUCGCAUCGGUUUUAAUCCCUCAACCGUCCACCAGCAUCUUGACGUAGAGGAGCCCCGUUUUCAAAACCAGCAUUACAGCGAUCGAACAUCUACGCCAACUUAUGCUCUGAUAACUGGAGACUUCAGCCUCAUUCUGAAAGAACCCCAACUCUCUGACAGCGGCGUCUACACCUGCCACGUCCAUAACAAGGAAAAGGAAAUGUUAAGGGUAAUUGUGCGCCUGCAGGUUACAGAACGGCCCACAUUUCCUCCUGAGUUAUAUCUUAUGCUGGCUGUUUGCCUUGCUCUGGCUGUAGCUGCCUUGGGUUGGUUCAAAACCAUCACAGUCUCUUCUGUAGUGGUGAAAGAGGGGGUGUGGUUUGUCAAGCUUCCUUACAAAACCAUAGUCCCUCUGCCUGAAGACGUCACCGUGGAGUGGAGUCGUUGCGCCCCCGAGCCAAUGAGGGUCCACAAAUAUUGUAACGGCAACAACCAUCUUGUUAGACAGGAUGAGUUUUAUUGUGAUCGCACAAAGAUGCAGGAAGAACCACUGAAAACCAGAGACCUCAGUCUGACCCUCAGGGAGCCCUGCUACAGAGACAGUGGAACCUACAUCUGCACCGUCCACAAGGACAGAGAAGUCUGGACACAGAAAGUAGUACGGCUCCGAGUCAAUGUCCCCCAGGAGGUGGUGAAGGUCGGGGAUCGGGCUAAAUGUGUCACACUGCCCUUCAAAACCAGAGCUCGGCUGCCUGCAGAUGCGACGGUGAAAUGGAAACGUUUCGAGUUAUCCAAUUCCUUGACAGUUCAUGUGUAUCAGAAUGGCCAAGACAUGUCUGAGGAGCAGGACGACUCUUACAGAGGCCGCACAAAGAGGAUGAAAAACCCCCUGCAAGCUGGAGAUCUCAGUCUGACCCUGAUUAACCCCAGUCAUGAAGAUAUCGGUGCAUACACAUGCACCGUCGAAAGGGACGGAGACGUCAUAUGGGAGAGAUCGGUGAGGCUCAAGCUCAAAGGGUUCUGGUUUUAAAGAAGAAAGGACCGAACACGAACCAGAUGGCGCCGUGAACAAGCAGCUUCUCUGAACCAGUGAUAUGUUCACUGUUUAAUUUGUUUCACUGAUGUUAACGCUUCAGUAUUGAAUUCAAGUCUCUCCUUCCUUCUCUCUCUGCCUGCAGGUACUAUGUGGUGUACAAAGAUCAGACGUUAAUGUUCAAAAUGUUUUUGUGAUUUCAUAAUUGUUUAAAUAAUGUACGUUUCUGGCUGUAGCACAUGCUCCCUGCUCACAUGAUCACUUUUACAUUGUCAAUAAAUAAAUAAAUAAUCUGAUAAUGUAAAUAUCUACCAGUCACCUGGUCUACUUUCUUUAACUUUAACACUUUCCUGAUAAAACCUGAGACACUAAGAUUAAUUAAAAAACGUUGGAUCUCUUACUGUACUGUAACUCUUGUGUAUAAUAUUCAGAACUGAAUUAGUCUGUUUUUUUACAAGCAAUUUCUGGCAAAAAUGUCUUGUCACUUGGUUAUUAUUUUAAUAUUUUAAGUCCAGGAUUUCAAACCUUAUUAAAGCAUAUUAAUAAGAACAUAAAUUAAUGAAUGAUUAACAAAAUAGGUUCCAAGCCAAACAUGUAAAGACUCUUUUUACCUUGUGAAAUAUAUUACAGUAUAAUAGAUGAAUACCACAGUAGGUACACAUGUCUUAAAGGGCAGUAAGGUCCCUAUAAAGGUAACGUGCUGUACUACAGACUCAUGAGCUCCCCAUUAUUUCAUUUCAAUCUUUAUUUCGAACAGAUUAAAAAAUAACAAAUAAAAAAUAACAAAUGUGAAAAA